UUGGCUGCCGCCACCGGUCGCCCCUGUGAGCGGUGAGUCAACUACUGCGGAAUCGACGACGGGCUUCUGGGGGUUGUUGUGCCUCCGUCCGUUUCCGAUCUCGAGGCACAUCGGGUGAUUAGACGGACCAAACAAUGAACCUGCUCGUGCUCGUCAGCGUGGCCACGGUCUACCUGUCAUCGGUUGUCGAGGAAGCGCUUGCGGCAACAUGCACGAGGGAAGUGUAUGACAUCACCCAGUACUUCACAUGUCCUGGACCGUUGGACAAACGCUCGGCAAAGUACUGCUGCGGCUCAAAGAAGCUCAGAUUCUGCUGCGACCUUGAGGACUAUUCUGAAGCCAUCUACAAGCACGGCCACAAAAACAAACACUGGGGAUUGAAUGAGGAUCGAAAGAAGCUGCGUAAGGCGGUUCACAUCCCGCGGACCAACAGCAAGUCGGUUGGCGUGGUCGUUGGAGUGAUCAUAGUGAUCAUCAUCACCCUAGUCGUGGUGGUGAUUGUGUCCUGCUUCUGCUGUAGCUGUUGCCUGCUGGCCAGGAGGAGACAGCAGCGAGGGCAAGUGCUCUACGGAGGACCCACGGGUGCUACGACGGCACCCAGCACGCAGCCCGUGGUAUCCUCGGGGGCCUACCCCCAGCAAGCCUACCCUGUGCAGCAGAUGGUCAGCUACCCUGUACAGCCCCCGGCUCCCGCGGGAGCGCCGGGCGCCCCCGGAUUCGGCUACUACGCAUCCCCCUACGGCAACCCGCCGCCCUACACGGACACGGCCAUGCCCGUGCAGCAGCCCCCACCCAUGCAGCAACCGCCCUACAACCCCGGCUACCCCGCCAAAUGAGAGAGCGCCACUGAGUGAAAGGGAGAGACUGUUUGGGAAGGUGCUUUCGCGUACCCCCGCUACCAUGAGGAUAGAUGUUUCCGGGAAAGGUUUGCGUGCCAUUGGUCGCACCGCGGACGACACAUUUGUCGUCGUUCCGCUCAAGGGUUUCCUCUUUCUUGUUGCUGACCAAUUCCGUCAUAUUUACGGAUUACAUUUAUGAAUUGAUGGAUGGGCUUCGUUCCCGUAAAUAACGGUGCUUUUUUCUUUUUUUCUUUUUUUUUUUUUGAAGAGCAUCUUGGGAGAUGGUAUUUUGGAAGGAGGGUGGAGGACUCUGCCAUGGUUCGGAUGACUCGGUGCGGGUAGCCACCAGUGGCAUGGGGACAAGGGGGCAUUUCUUUUGGACACCCCAGCUCUCACUGCUUUUAACGGCGCUUGCACCAUCUGUACGUGGUGUUGUGUUGUCGCCGAAUGCGAAGGACAUGUAUUGGGUGUGGGAAAGCAAGAGAAGUCAUUGUGUCUCAUCGUUUCCAGUGUCUGGCUGUGUCAUUACAAACCUUCCAACAUGCCAGUGUAUAGGUCUUGCUUUUUGGCCCCCGCAUUUAGAAAGUUUGUGCCAUCUUUUGUCAACGAAUUGCUUGUCGGACGAAGCGUGGAGUGGGCUUUGGAUUGGAGUUGCUUUCAACUUUUUCGUUUUCAUACUUUGUUUGUUUCUAUGAUGAUGUCUUUGUCGCUUGUCUCGUUUUAUUCUCUCCUGGUUGCCCGACUCUUUUUGGUGUGAAUCUGCAUGGUCAUGGAAAAAGACAAGUAUGCUGUGGGUUGGUGACCUACAGACACCCUCACUUGUGAUUUUGUGAGAAAAUAGCUUUGCCAAACAAUGCAAAUUCGUGUAAGUUGUCACAUGUCUUGCACAUUUACACCAGCAUAACAAUGUCAACCAUUCUGCUGGCAUUCUUUCUAAUUUUUUUCGUGUGCAUUUGGAAGUGUGUUGUGGGCAUUGUACUAACUCAGGGAGGGGGUGAAGGUUGGGAGUUGGCAAACUUGAAUCUUGGUUGCGUUUUUCGUUUCGGUUAGACUCGAGGGCUGUUUGUGGAAAUCUCGGGUGGUGAGUGAUAAUGCGCUUGCAUCUGAUCCCUACUUAAUGCCCCUCCCUCGUCCCUUGGUCUCAACUCCAGUGUAUUUAUGAAAAAAGAAGAAAAAAAAGAAUGUGUGUCUUUUUGCACAGAUGUGUUUAGCCUCCCUAGUUCCUGCUCUAAGAAAAUUGUGCCUGUUCUGCCUCAUAGACAGCAUGCUCCAUAUGCCAAAGUGAGAAUACGACUCCCAAAUAAUAAUAAGUAAAACAGCCGUGAGGGUCGGGGAAACAGUUAAAAAGGAACCGAAUCAGCUCAGAUCUUUGCAAAGGCUUUUACAACUUAGCCUGGCAUGCAAACCUUUUUAAAUUAUUAUCCCCUGCACAAUUCAUACCUUCCGGAAGACAUGCAGACUGGUCUUGUCAGUAUACAGAAAAGGUGCCAUCCCAGGUGUAGUGCAUUCGUCACAUGUAUGAGUUAUGUAAAAGUUUAGAAUUUACUGGUUUUUUUUUUGUCUUUACGGGAGGAUUCUCUGUCUGCAUGCAUGCUGCCCAUGGCCACAAAGAAAUUGCAUGGGGCAAGGAUUUCAUGCUCAGGUUCGAAAGGACUUGCAAAACUAUAUGUCAGUGCUCAUGCACUUCCUAGCACUUCAGUCAUCUGUAGCUUGCUGCGGUUGUCAAAUCUAACUAUUAUUUAUACACUUCCCCUUCAUGCAUGUCAAGUUUGGAACACAAAAACAUUUCCAUUUGGCAUGUGUAUUUGGUAGUAACUAUGUCUGGGUCACACUAACUACAUUAUGGUUUCCUCCUUUCCUAGUGGACUCCUUUCCUUGUACAAGGCAAUGCUGAUUGAAGACGGGAAAAUGAGUGAUUUGCGUGCAUGUUUCACCCAUUUCGUUUCCGUGAUGUUGACGUUUUGUAUGGAUUCUUGUUAUUCCCGUCUCCCGUCCUUAUGCCCACAUUAUUUCCGCUAGUCACAGAAGUGUCCCACUGGGUUUUUGUCAGUCUUUCAACAGUCGCGGUACAUUUUCUUUUUUUUUUUUUAACAAGCGACGAAUGUUCCUAUGUUAAGAACCCAUACUGUUGCAUAGAUUGCCGCACAGCUUGGAAUAACCUUGUAUUUGUUUGGCCUUCAUGUUUAGAAGGCUUUCAUUACUAUGUGGGCUUUCGUGUACAGGGGCAGUUGGCUGCGCAGUUCCGACAUCAAUUUUUCCGCCUCUUUGCCUGAAGUACAACCUUUGUCAAUGAAAUUCCAACCAACCAGAACAAACAAAUUUCCUGUGCCAUUGCUGUCGCUCAAGGUUCUCAAGUGUGGUGCGAAUGCUUUCGCGACUACCAAGGCUUGUCGGCAGUUGAGUUUGAUGUACGUCCCACCUAAGAAACCGGCUGUGGUUCUCAGCACGUCCCAGUACAUCGCAUUUCGGUUUUAGUUAUUCCGUCACACGACGAGUCGCAAAACUGUUUGACUGCUUUAAUAAACAUCUGUACAUGUCAGA